UCCAGGCCCACAGAGGGCGCCAACGCAGCGUCAGGCAGCAGAGCAGCAGCCAGCCGCAGCGCGUGCUGACGGCCACGAGCUCACAAACUUUCUCUAAUUUCAGUAAACCGGGCUGGUUCGAGUCGGGACCGGUACCUGGUUGGCGGGUUUGCACUCCAGGAGCUUGACUGUGACGUGGCAUCAGCUGCAUCAUGGCAGGUGUGGAGCAGGUUGCGUCCGUGGGGCGGAUUCUGGUGGACCCGGGCCAGGUCCUGACCCAGCGCUUUCGAGCCUUGUUCACCCUGAAGAACCUGGGAGGUGCCGAAGCCAUAGAAUGGAUUGGUAAGGCGUUCAGCGACAAAUCUGCCUUACUGAAGCAUGAGCUGGCGUACUGCUUGGGUCAGAUGCAGGACCGGCAGGCCAUCCCUGUUCUGACAGCCGUCCUCAGAGACGCCCAGCAGGAGCCCAUGGUCCGACAUGAAGCAGGGGAGGCUCUUGGAGCAAUCGGUGAUCCUGUGGUUCUUGACCUUCUAAAGGAGUACAGUCGGGAUCCGGUCAUUGAGGUGGCAGAGACAUGUCAGCUGGCUGUCAGCCGGCUGAAGUGGCUGCAGAGUGGCGGGGAGCAGCAGGACGGCGCCACUGACAUGAACCCGUACUGCUCUGUGGACCCGGCUCCACCUGCACCGAGGAGGAGCGUGCCGGAGCUGCGCCGCGCUCUACUGGAUGAAGACCUACCGCUCUUUGAGCGGUACCGGGCCAUGUUUGCCCUGCGGAACCUAGGUUCUGAAGAUGCUGUGCUGGCCCUCGCAGAUGGCCUGCAGUGUUCCAGCGCACUCUUCCGUCACGAGAUCGGCUACGUCCUGGGCCAGAUGCAGCACCCGGCGGCGAUCCCGGCCCUGAGCGCGGCACUGCAGCAUGCGGCUGAAAACCCCAUGGUGCGACACGAGGCAGCAGAGGCCCUGGGCUCCAUCGGGAGAGACGAGUGCCUGGCUGUGCUGCACUGUUACCGUGGAGACCAGGAGCCAGUAGUUAAGGAAAGCUGCGAGGUGGCGCUGGACAUGCUGGAGUACGAGAACAGUGACCAGUUCCAGUAUGCAGAUGGGCUGGUCCGGCUGCAGGGUUAGAAGGGACCGGACUGGCUUCUGUCCCCCGUUGACUUUUUGCUCGUCCUGUGUGACAUGGGAAACCAGCGGACUGAUCCAGACUGAAGUUCUGACUGGGCUGGGCUGCUCCCUCCUGCCUCAUUACACAUUCUGGAUCAGUUUGGACCAGUUUUAAGGAUUCCAGGAUUGGGCGCCAUCAAUUCAUCAGUUAAUAAAAAUAAAAAAACCGGGAUGGUUUGCUCUGAA